UUAGUCAUAUGUUUUUUUGGGACAGUGACACCGGCUGUCAGUGAAACGUGUGGCUCUUUUUGGCUUUUUCCUGGGCUGUUUUUUCUGGUUUUAGUGAAAAUGUUCACGCGAAAUGUAAGACGAAUAGUGACACUGUACAAGAGUUUUCACGAAACCUGGAACCCAGCUGCUGCUUUAAGGCAGAAUCUGGUGAAAAGUGAACCCCUGUCUUGCCUGAAGAUUCACACAUCCCUCAGCAAUCCUGGUAAGAUAUUUCCAGAACGGGAGAAUGACUAUGCACAUGGGAUACUAGAGAGGGUAGGAAAGUAUCAUUUGAUGAAGGAUGAUACAAAAUCAGUGGGAGAAUUGUUGACAGAGAAGGAAUUUGAUGCAAUUCACGAGAGGAAGGAUUGGAUGGAGGCUCCCUUGGAAGAGCUGGUGCAGACUUUUGAGAGACUGGCUGUGUACUGUGGGAAGAAUGAUGUCAAGAUUGCCGAUGAGAGGCUAGAUGUCCUUGUUGAUGCUAUGGUUCGGCAGUGCUUUAAGUUUACCGAUGAACAAUUGCUAAAAUCGAUCCGGAUGCUGACUCACUUCCCGCCAUCUGAAAGCCUGAAUACCAGGAAUUUUGUGGAAUUGUGGUCAGCUCUGGAUGAUGCAUGUGUAGAGAGGAUUGACAAGUGGAAGACGGAUGAGCUGUUGCUGGUCUGUGAUCACUGGUAUGCCCUCAAUCUGGCCAAAAUUUGCAAAUGUACAUUUCAGUGUACGAAAAAACUGGGCAGGAAACUCAAGAGUCUCUCACCAACGGAUCUUGUUCAGACCAUGUUCUAUGUGAACAUGUGCCGGAAACCCAUGGUGGAUAUGUUCAAUUUCGAAGUGAAUCUCUUCGAAUCCAUUGACAAUCUCUCCCUGGAUGAGAUUGCUGUGAUGAGUAUGGGGUUUUUCAAGACAGAAACCAAGAUUCGCAAUCCUGAACUAAUUGAGAAGAUCUACCAACGCGUGACGGCAGACAUUAAAACCGUUCAGGAUAUUAGUCUCGUGAACAUCAUCAAGAUCUUGAGGUAUUCUUCCAAGUUGCAGCACAUCCAGUGCCUGGAAGAUUUUCUCCAAGCAGUCACUCCAGAAAUUCCUCGAUUGUCGCUUCUCAGUUGCCUCCAUGUGGCACUCUUUGGCACGGAUAUGCAGUACUACAAUCAGGAAUGCCUGGAGAAGAUCAUUGGUCGCUUUGCUGGGGAGUACAAAUCCUGCAGGCUCAAGGAAUUCGAGAGAUUGAGCUUCGUGUUAGGCCUAUAUGGAUUUACCAUGGCCGAUGGAAGUCAUACUAAACUCUGUCAGGAAAUUCUGGCUGAACUUCCAAAUCGCAUUAGUGAAAUUAUGAAGUUCCCAAGAUGCUUUCCAUCCUGCUUGCACUUCCUAACUCUCUCCGGGCACCACAAUGAGGAGCUAAUAAGUACGGUUCUGGAUUCCAAAUUCUACGAAAUGGCCUAUGGAAAAAAUUACACGGCCAGUCGGGAAAUUCUCUGCCUGGAUUCCUAUGCCAGAAUCAACCUCAAGGAUACCUACAAAGGAAAAUUGCUCACGGAUAAAUUCCGGAGGACUCUCACCAAGAUCCACACGAAUUACAUCCCAGCCAAAGAUCAGCGAUACAAACUUUCUGCUGCUGACACAAUUCUCCUGGAGAUCAAGGAUACCUGUGAUGAGCUCUAUGGGCAGGACGCUUCGAAUAUUGCUCAUGUCCUUUCGCAGUACGAGCGCCCGGACAUUGUUGUGACUCUGAACAGAAAUACUCUUGAGCCCAUUUCGCUCAAGGACACCUUCCCGCCUCACUACACUGGUCAGAUACUCUCCAGGGAGCUCCUGCUCAAGGAUCACCCGGAGAAGGAGAACUGCGAGGUGUUUGUGGUGGUCGUGGGAGGAUGGAAUAUCCUCGUGAGGAAUACAAACGCCAUGACUGGACAGCUUAAACUAAAAAUGGAACAGUUACGGUUAAUAGGACUCAAUCCUGUGAUGAUUCCCUGGUACAUCUGGCGAAAGAUGACUCCGGACGAACGGCCAGUGUACGUGAAAGCUCUUCUGAAGCAGCCACAGCCAUAGUAAACUCCCAAAAAAAAAGUGUCCAGUGUUUUAGAAUUUAUCACAAAACAAUAAAUUGAUUUAUUUAAUUUAGAAAAUUUCCGUCAUAAAUUUCUUGGAAUACUCGUAGACGAGGAAGAGUACCGCUGUGGCGGGAAUAGUGCGAAUGACGGAGGGCAGGAGGCCAUUGUAGAGUGCCAGAAAACCCUCUGUCCGGUAGAUCUGAAGUCCCACCCGGGUCAUGCUGGUGCGCAAACUGGCCACCUGGAUGCGACUCUUGAUAACGUCUGCCGGGAAGAUCACUGUCCAGAGCACGACUCCGCCCACAGCUCCAGCUAUCAUCGUUCGCAGUGGACCAAUGUCAUCCUUUGAUUGGCCGGGCUUUGCAAGCAGCUGCCGAGCGCCCUCGUAGCCGCCAAAGAAGAAAAAGUAUCCAGGCAUCUCGCGGAAAAACGUCGGUGUGAGUCCUCUGAACAGUCCUGGGAUUCCUGAGCACAAACAAAACAGAAAAUUCAAAUUAAAUGAUUUUAAAUAGAAGACAGUAUUGAGCAUUCAAAAUCAUAAAAGCCUUGUUGAACGACAAAUAAAUCAAUAUUUAAAGCAAAAGAAAA